AAUGCAAGAUCAAGAGCAUUCGAAGCUGUUGGGAGCCACUAAUUUCCUUGUACGUUGUCCCCGGGACGUUUCCAUUGAAUGCGACGUGUGCGCGAGGCCCGUCAAAGUGGGCGACCCGGCGAAAGUACCACCUUGUACUUCUAAGCCCGGCCUUGGCUGUUGUUUGCUCCGAAAGAAACCUAUUGAAGUGUCACUCGGAGAUAUAUUAGACGAAUGAAACGUUCUUUACGCCAGCGUUGAAUGUGUGACACGAGAAAAUGAAUUAAGUUUUACGUCGAGCCUUGUUUGAAAAAUUGUGGAUCUUAAAUGACGACCGUUAUGUAUUUAAUGUUUUGAACUCACGAUCAGCCAACGGUUCUAAUGAGGCGCGCCUGCGAGGUGGCAGCGGGAGUCCGUGGGCGUCGUAAGCCCUUCGUAGAAACUUCUUAUCGAGCUGAUCCCUACGACGAGGUUCAUCGUUACCAUUCUGAGGAUGAACAGGCAACACAGUCACCCAAUGGAAAAAGAAAAAUUUUGCGAAUCAAAAAUUUCGACAGUAUAGUUUCUCAGUGAUAAAAGUUAGUGAACAUGUUCUAUUUGUGCCCCAUGUGUAGUUCUGUGUUUUCGUACGAGUGUCAGUGAGGUAUAGUGGCAAAUGCGAAGACGGCGUGGCUGGGCGGCGGCGCGAGCCCCACGGUGAGUGCCCGCGCGCACCAUGCGCCGCCCGCUGGCGCUGCUGCUAGUCGCCGCUGCUAGCGUCGCUGUUUCCGCGCAAAUCGCUUGGACGCCAAUUUUUCUUGACGGCAGCAGUCAAGUGGAUCUCUGGACGCAGUCGUCAAGCGGAUGCGCUUGUCCAGGCGAGGGCGGCGAAGAGUGCGCGUGUUGCGUGCGUGACGGCGCGUGUCCGUGCGGCGACAUCGCGCCCGCCCGCUGCUCGCAGUGCGGACUCGAACAAUACUGUGCUAAUAGUAAGAUAAUUAUUGUGCUUAAAAAGCCAUGCUUAACUCCUAAAAAGGCGUUCAGCAUCAGUCCCAUAUUUUCAGUGAAGAAAGAAGAGCGAAAAGAGAAGGACCAUUUCGUCUUUCCUGUCCUUAUUAUUGAGUAUCUGUGCAACAUUCCCCGAGUCAUUUGGCGUCAACAAGGCUGGAAGUCCUCAAUAGAGGAAAACGACACUUCACGUCUGGACAAAAGCUUUUGCUUCGGAAUGCACCAGUUCGGUGUCCCUUGGGGAACUGCAGGCUUUGGUACGGCAUUAGCCGCAACCACUGUUUGCAUUCGUUAUUCGUUUAAUUUACUUGGUUGCGACCAUAAUAAGCUACAAUCAGAAUCCGCAUUUUGUGUAGGCGGAUGGAUCCAAUUGAGUAGUGCAAGUGCAGUUCGGACUGAUAGUGUGGCUGAAACUCGGCUAUGUGGGGCGAACGAGCGUUACACUCCGCCUGUUGUACUCUUCGCAGACCAUGGCGCAGCUCUGCUUGAGUUCAGAAUAAUAGAAAAAACUGUGAGGUCUCAAUUCCUGGCAUUCUUCAGCUUCACCUCGCUGAGCAAUACUCAAGGGGUGGGUUUUCACCCCAGUGGAGGCUCCCGGAUACCGCACACAGGAGAAAACUCGGAAAAUGUAAGACAAACAUCAAUUUGUCAAAGCUACUCGUACGCCCCUAUGUUGAUGGCCAUUUGCAAAAACUUCUCAAAUGCCCACAACGACUGCAUGAAUCACUGUACAUGGGAUUAUCUGACGUUAAGGGCUGGGAGCUCGCCGUCAGCACCGCUACUUGCCUCGCUUUGUUCAGAAAGAAUGGCGACAUUGGAACAUCCCGGACCCAAUUUACUAUUAGAGUUCAAGUCUGGUCCUUUGGUGCCUCCUUACGAUUAUAACGGGUUCAUAGCUAAAUUAGAGUUUAUUGAGCGACUGGACAGCAGUGGAGCGCCGCCUACUGUGUUACCAGCUUCCCCCCCACUAGCCGCCCUUACACAUCUUUUAGAUAAUGGUGAUGCAGCGUUGGACGCGUUGGGUUCGAAUGAAGUGUUCGCAAACAGCGGAGGUCGUAUAGGUUGCGGCGCUAUUGUCCGAGGGUACGGCCCGGGCGGCCUUCGCUCGGGUCAUUUCGACACGCGAGCCACGACCUGGCGUACGCAGUGUACAGUACAUCUCAUCGGAGCUGCCACCGAUGUUGUACAAGUCUCUUUGUUUAAUUAUAACUUAAGGUUACAAGGCUGUAGGUCUCAUAUAGAAAUUUUAGAAGGUCUCCACGAAUUUAGUUCGAGAGAAAGAGACAGGUCUGAGAAAGGAGAUCGUGCUCUGCUCAAGGUGUGCGGGCCCGCCGCUCGAGAAGCCAGGGAUCCGUCUGGAAGGUUCUUGAUACGUCAAGCUGUGACUUCGAAAGGUGCUAAUUUGACGAUAAUGGUGCGAAGAGCAUUGUCACAGAACGCAGAGGAGGAGGAGUUUGUUGAUGGUGCAUUCGCGUUUCAUGACGAACAACACGAAGGGACUGCCUCGCCGGACGCAACGUGCGCGUCCACGCAUUACGGUCUCGCUGCACCGGCCCACGGAGGAGUCUCCGCACCCUCGCAUCAUCAUAUAUUCUGGAAUAUAGAAGAGAGACUGCUGUGUACACAUCGGUUUAUACCGGCCUCAAAUCAAAGUGUUACUGUGGAGAUCCAGCGGUUAGACCGCAUGUGGAGCGCAGAACCCACGGGGACCACUGGCGCUUCUGGAUGCAGGACGGCCUGUGGCGACGCUGGGUGUGAAUGCAGAGCACAAACCCCGCUACAUUAUCACGAUCACGUGGCGCUAGUGGCUGGAGACGGAACCCACCUCUCCUGUCUGUGCGGCGAUUUUCAGGCUGCUUGGUUGCCUGUCGUCGUCCGUAGUUGGACCAGCGUCCGCCUGGAGUACUCCGUGGCCCACUACACGUAUGCGAGUAGGGGAUUCGAUUAUGCCGCUGCAUAUAGUUUCAACGAUGAUGCCAUGUGCGGGCAGAGAACAUUUACAACACAUUCAGGUGAGAUUUCAUCGAAGAACGUGUCCGUCACGGGAAGCUUAAACGAGUUUUUCUAUCAGCAGUGCACUUGGGUGCUUGACUCGAACGUCGAGAGACAGCUUUUCAUAGAUAUAACAUCGGAACAGGAUAAGUCGUGUGGUUCAUGGAAUAUCACCCUUCACGAGUGGUCUGGAGCAGGAGCGCACAGCGACGCAGGUCUCUCGGGAGCGGCGGGAGACCUCCUCUAUACGUUCUGUGCAAGACACAAGAACCACACAUAUACGUUGCCUUGGAGACUGAACACCCUUGUUAUAAGGUUGGUAGCACUGUCGCGGCAACAACCAUUGUACACGAUAAGGUGGCGUUCACAAGUCGUAAGAGCGAACAAUCGCUUGGGACCCCCGACACCCGUUCCCGCAGCCUCGGCCGCGGGCAAUGGGCUCACUAUCUCGUACAUCUUGUAUUGCGUCUUAUAUUGCAUACUACAGUACGCUUUAUAAUUUUGGUUAUUAACGAACUAGGAAUUGUAAACGAACUAAAAAACGUAAUGGAGUGUUCCGUGAUUAGAUUUAAACGUCAACAAACAUUUUGUAAUACAUUUUAUACAUAGGCAAUUAAUUGAGAUAUAUUGUAUUGACCACAGCAUUUUUAAUAUUUGAACACUGUGAUUUAUGUCACUUUAUUUUUUUGCAAUUCAAUCUCUUUAAGGAGUAUGCAAAUAAUUGAGAAACACUUGCGUUCAUUUCAACUUUCUGAUAUGUUUUUUAUGGCUUAUUUAAAAUCAUUAAAACGAUUCUACGACAAAUCGUGCUGUUAUUAUAAGCAAGAAAACAAGUUAAAAUGCUUAAUGAAAUUAUUUUCUUUAUAUCUAUAUAACUAAUAGGUGUUUAUGUUGUGUAAUGAUUUGCAUUGUAGUUAGUAAUGAAUUUAGCAUUAAAUGGAUUAUGUAUUGUCAAUUACGUAACUAACAUUUGUUGUUUUAAAACGUAAUAAUGUGCGGAACAACUAUAUAGGGAAGGGAUAAGAAAAAGCUAUUUUGGCGGUCGUAUACGCUUUUUCACGCCAAAGGCUUUUUAUUUAAGAUGUUAUUUUUGUUGUCGAUUUUCUUGGUAAUUUACUACGAAGUUACAAUCUGUUUGAGUUGGUUUGGGUUUAUGCUGGUAAUUUAUUAUGAUUUUUUGAUGGACUUUCAUAAAAAAGUAUGCACAACAAAAAUCGCAGAUCGUUUUCAUUAUAACUUUAUUCACGGAAAGUUUUUAAGAAUAUUCAUAUUUUAACUAUUACAAACAGCACGAAUACUUGGUGGCUAGGUUUUAAUCGUUAGAGUGAUUUAUCGUGAUCUCUUAAAUCGAAACUUUGUUGAAAAAUUGAUGUCCAAUUUUCUAUUAAAUUAAGUUAUUCGCCCAGGAUUUAAAAGAUUAAAGUAUUGGCCAAUCAUUUAUGCAUGAAGUCGUAGUCUUCGUUACAUUGCUUGUUCAAGCUCCGAGCCCUCAAACUGGACGCGGAAUCUCGGUUACUAGUAUACUAAUACUAUAACAGUGACCGAGUAAUACUUAGUAAUACUAGGUACUAGUAUUCUCAAAGAUUUAAAUUGUUAGGAUCGUGGUACACAUAUUUAAGUCGUCAAAUUUGAACAACGUUUCAGGAAUGAUAACAGGCGAUAAGUAAUUAAGAAUUAGUUACGCUGCUUGAGUAUGAUAGAUAGGCUUUAUGGUGUUUUUUAUACAUUGCUGACUUAGUUACCUGCAAUAGUGAAUCUAAAUAGUGCUUUGACAUAAAAAUGCAUACAUCGUUUACUAAUAUCAGUAAAAUUAGUUAGAUGUAAAUAGUCUGAAUUGACAGAUUUUAUAAUAAUUUUGUUUUGUUUCAAUCUAUUUGUUUGGAAUCUGUCAGUUCGUAAUUUUAGAUUUAUUACAUAAGGAUGGCUAAUUAACUUUACUUAAGUAGAAUAUUAUAAAAUAAUGUUUGUUACACCGAAAUAGAUAAAUCAA